AUUACCAUCGCUCUUUCUCCAUUACCAGGGCAUCCUCCGUGUCUUCUCUUUGAGACAGCACCGUGCCACGAGGUUUUCAUGGAUACAGCGAUGCCACAUGUGCAGGGGUCAAUACGUCACCUCUGGCGGGGUAGCGGGGGCUAAACGAGGGGCACCAGGACCAAAGCUCUGCCGUUCUUGUGAGUGUAUCGCGGAGAGAUGUUGCCGAGCUGCACGCCAUGCAGUCCUGAACGGCUUGACCAAUUGAGUGUCUCAUUUGGGGAGCGGAAAGAGUGGGAGGAUGCGCGCGUUGAAGGGCUAAUGCGUGAGAGGGAAACGGACGGCCAGGGAUGAACGAUUCCUAGGCCAUUAGGACUGAUAAGUAGUAAGGAAUGUCCAGUGGGGCAACGAGUUGUUUUGUUUUCCUUCACAAUUCUGGCCUCCAGCACAAUCCACGCCCCCGACCUCCCCCAGAACCAACAUCCAGACGAACCCGUUUCGCACACCACCCACAAUGUCCACCCUCCACCGCAACCCCCCCUUCCGCGCCGAGCACCUCGGCUCCCUCAAGCGUCCGCAAUCCCUUCUCGACGCGCGCUACAAAGAAGGGAAGUCGGACAAGGAACUGCAGCCCCUCGAGGACAAGGCCAUCACCGACAUCGUGCAAACCCAGCUCGACCUCGGCUUCCACGCCGUCUCCGACGGCGAAUACCGCCGCCACAUGUUCUGGGGCACCUUCUGGCCCGCGCUCGACGGCAUGGAGGAGAUCCAGAACCCGCCCAUCGAGACCUUCCGCAUGUACGUGCCGGACAUCGCGGCUUUCAUGGAGACGGGGCACAAGCCCGGCGAGAGCGUGUACUGCACGGGGAAGAUCAGGCACACGGGGGAAAGCACGUAUGUCGGGCAGGUGGAGUAUCUGAAGAGCGUGCUGCCGCAGGACAAGUGGGGCGGGAUGAAGCUCACGCUGGCGGCGCCCAAUUGGUAUCAUCUGCGGUAUGUGGACGGGAAGGCGUAUCCAAAGGACGUGUACCAGAACGACAAGGAAUAUUUCGCAGAUGUGGCCAAGGCGUACCAGGUAGAGCUUGACAUCCUGUACAAGGCCGGGCUUAGGAACGUGCAAUUCGACGACCCGAAUCUCGCGUACUUCUGCUCCGAGAAAAUGCUCGAAGGCUGGCAGAAAGACAGGUCCAACACCGUCACCGCCGAUGAGCUCCUCGACCUCUACAUCGCCCUCUACAACGACUGCAUCGCCAAGAUCCCCGCCGACAUGCACGUCGGCGUGCACCUCUGCCGGGGCAACUUCGUCAACUCCCGCCACUUCUCCGAGGGCGGCUACGACCGCAUCGCAACCAAGCUCUUCACACAACUCAACAUGCACACGUACUACCUCGAGUACGACACCCCGCGGGCCGGCGGCUUCGAACCGCUCGCGCACUUGCCGAAGAACAAAAACGUCGUCCUGGGAGUCAUUACGAGUAAGUUCCCCGAGCUGGAGGACAAGGAGGAGAUGAAGAAGCGGAUUCGGCAAGCGGCGGAUGUUAUGGCGAAGGGUCAAGGGGAGAGCAGGGAGGAGGCGCUGAAGAGGAUGGGGGUGAGCCCGCAGUGUGGGUUUGCAAGCCAUGCGGAAGGAAAUUUGAUUGACAUCGAAGGGAUGAAGAGGAAGUUGGCGUUGGUACGAGAGAUUGCGGAUGAGGUGUGGCCUGGCGAGCCGUGAGGUUCUGAUGGAAGGCCUGGUGGGGCCACGGUAACUCAAGGAAAAUCACCUUGCCGAUUGCAUAGUUUCCUGUGGCUUUUGGCUUACGCACCCUUACCCUUGGCACAUGAUGGGCUCUCCUCACGGUGCUGCCUCGCCUUCCCUCUUUCUUAUGCUUAUGGGCCAGCCGCUGCAAAGGAGACGUACC